UGGUUUUCGUGAAUAUAUGUAGAUGCACAUAUCAAAUCGAAAAACUGAAAUCAAAGCAAGCUACCCAAGUUUGAUCGAUAAAAAGUCAAACGAAUCGUUUAUGUACCUAACAAAAGAGCGCUUACCUUUUUUGUUUUGGCUAUCUAAGUGCAUAAAGGGAAAACUGAAAUUUGACAAGUUUAAGUAGAAACGACCCAGCCAACUGAGUGGUCGGUGUGUGGUACAGCAUGGAGGAGCUUCAAGACGCCAGUAUACAUCACAUGACAGCCAAGGUGAUUUCGGCGAUUAAAAAUACUAAAUGUUAUGAGCCCAUCUACAAGGAACUACAGAAAUUGGUAUGCAAUCCAAGCGUGGAUACAAACGAUAUGCGCAACACCUUGGAGGAUGCCAUCAAAGGGGCUGGACUGGAAACAGAAAUACGUAACGUAAUCUAUAACCUGGUGCGGAGUCGCAUCAGCAAAAAUGAACUGAAUGAGAAAUCCUUACCGACUUCUAAACAAUCAUCGAAAACCGCAGUAAGUGAUCCCCUGGGUUAUUUGAAAAGAGCUGGUGUUCUUUGGGACAGACGCGUAAGGAAAAGCCUCAAUGCCAUGUGCGCAGAAUUAAAAGUUCCGCUUCACGGCCAACCGCGCAUUAGUAGCGAUCGCGAGGAUUUUGUGGCCAAAUGGAAUGAACUAAGCAACUACAACAUGGAUUUGGCAAAUUAUCGUCCAGUGUAUGCACCUAAGGACCUUUUAGAAGUCUUGCUUUCUCUCAAAGGACCCGCAAAAACAACUACCGAAAACACGGACCAAAUUCCCCAAUGGGAGUUCUCUCACAUAGCAUUGCCCGUGAAAAAUCUUUUCGAGCUGCGGUCACAUUAUGCCGAUCUCUUGCGGAGCGAUAAUUAUUCGGCUAUGGAUACAACCACGCAAUGCCAACGCAUCUUGGAAGGAAGACAUGCGCCCAUGUGUCAGCAAUUCCUGAAAAAGGGGUGCACACCAGCACCAUAUCGUGGAGCCCUAUGGGCGUCUGUUUUGGAUAGCAAGCUACACGAUUAUGACAUAAACUAUUGGCAAAAGCUGAGAAAUAGUGUAUGGACCACCGAUCACAUAGUCGAUAAGUUAGUCUUCAAGGAUAUUCAGUUGACUGCCUCGAAUGAUGAUCAGUAUUUCGUAUUCGAGGAUGUUCUUUAUCAGGUCCUGUUGUGUUUCUCCCGUGACACGGAUAUUGGCAACUGUGUGGAAUAUGAAACAUUUCCUGUAAAGGGUAAAACAUACGAGGGUCCCCCGUCUGGUGUGGUGCCUUUCCAUGGCAUAUGUAUGUUUGCAGCCCCGUUCUGCUAUCUGUACGACUCGCCAGUAAAUCUUUAUUACACAUUUCGAGCCUUCUAUGUUCGCUAUUGCCACCGAUUGACCACCAUCAAUACACAUCCCCAGGGCAUUGUAAGUCUUUGUUUGUUGUUCGAGAAGCUACUACAGACUUAUGAGCCGCAAUUGUGGUCACAUUUUCGAGAGUUGCAGAUACAACCAUUGCGUGUAGUUUUCAAAUGGCUUAUGAGAGCAUUUUCAGGACACUUGCCACCAGAUCAACUGUUAGUACUGUGGGACUUGAUACUCGGGUUCGAUAGCCUAGAGAUUUUGCCCCUGUUUGCCAUCAUUAUACUAAGUUUCCGUAAGGAAAGUAUCAUGCAAGUGGCUUCCCUGGACAGCAUUGAAGCAAUUUUGGCUGAUUUAUCUUCAAUUAAGGUAUUGCCUUUGGUUCAACUUGCCCUGAGUCGUGACUAAACACAAAAUAUUUAUCUAAUGCGUUAACCAUAUAAGCAAAAUUUGUAGUAUACAGAGUAAUAAGAAAAAGUUAAGAAACAUCUAAA